GGUCACAGUCACAGAAACUCUAUUCCUGUAUCUCAUCCAAAUUACAGAGACCUAUGGUCACAAUCCAAACAAUCAUCCAUCUAUCAAUCCAUACAUUCCAUGACACUCUUUCAACAACACUCACCACUUCUUCAACUUCUUCACUCUUCAAACCCUUAAAUCCCUCUUCACAAGACCUUUCAAAAUCCAAUCUUUUUAUCAUUCCCAAAUAUGGAAGGCAGCACUUUCUUGCCAAACAGACCUGCUUUCCCACUUCAAUUAACAAAACCAACACAAUCAAACCCACAACAUCAACAACAAAGACUUGGUUUCAAUCCUACAACUUUGCCACCACAACCACCUUCACAAUCUUUCCCAAUUGACCCACUUUUGCAACACCUUAUUCAUCUUUCAUCCCCACAAAAACCAAUUCAAUCUGUCAAAACAAGCAAUACCCAUUUCAAUUCUGUCAAUAAAUCUUCAAGAAAACCUGUUUUUAGAAAAGCCCAUUUCAAGGAACCUUAUAUAAGUUCUGUUCUUACACUUGAUGACCCAAAACUGGAAAUGGUGCAAGAAACUGAUGGUGAUUUGGAUAACGGGUCACUUGAUUUUGUUUCGAAAGACUGUAAGUUGAUUUUGGAUUGUAUUUUGGAAAAAUCUUUAUCUAGUUUGAAAUUGUAUUUAUAUAGUGUUGAGUUUAAGUUAAAAGAAGUUGAUUUAGUUAGUUUGUUAAAAGGUUUAGAUGUUGUAGGUAAUUGGGAAAAAGCCCUUUGUUUGUUUGAAUGGGUUGUCGAGAAUUCGAAGAGUAGUGAAAAAAGUUUUGAACUUGAUAACAAAGUUGUUGAAUUGAUGGUGAAGAUAUUGGGUAGGGAAUCACAACAUUCGGUUAUGUCGAGGUUGUUUGAUGAGUUUGAUGUUGUGCAACGUUUGAUUGAUGUUCGUGCUAUAACUACUAUACUUCAUUCGUAUUCGUGUAGUGGGAAGUACCAAAAAGCUAUUGACUUGUUUGAUAGAAUGAAGGCGGUUGGUCUUUCGCCGAAUUUGGUUACUUAUAAUGUAAUGCUGGAUGUUUAUAGGAAGAGGGGUUGUUCAUGGGAUAAGAUAUUGAUUCUUUUGAAGGAAAUGAAAACCGAAGGGCUCGAAUAUGAUGAGUUCACUUGUAGUACGGUUAUAUCUGCGUGUGGUAGAGAAGGAUUGUUGGAAGAAGCCAAGACUUUUUUUGCAAGCUUAAAAGCUCAAAAAUACAAACCUGGAACUUAUACUUACAAUUCUUUGCUCCAAGUGUUUGGAAAGGCGGGUAUGUACUUAGAGGCAUUGAAUAUCUUGAAAGAAAUGGAGGAAAACAGUUGCCCGCCCGAUUUAGUUACGUAUAAUGAGCUUGUGGCUGCAUAUGUGAGAGCGGGAUUUCAUGAAGAAGGGGCGGCUUUAAUAGACACGAUGACACAAAAGGGAGUAAAACCAAAUGCAAUCACUUAUACAACUCUUAUAGAUGCAUAUGGAAAAUGUGGAAAGGAAGAUAAAGCAUUGAAUCUAUUUAAGUUCAUGAAACUAUCAGGUUGUGUGCCUAAUGUUUGUACGUAUAACUCAAUUCUUGCAAUGUUGGGUAGAAAAUCAAAAUCUGAAGAGAUGAUGGAAAUUCUUCAGGAUAUGAAAAUGAAUCGGGUUUCACCUAAUCGUGUAACUUGGAACACAAUGCUUGCUAUGUGCGGUAAUAGGGAUAUGCAUCAUUAUCUAAAUUGGGUUCUACGCGAAAUGAAAACCUGUGGUUUUGAGCCUGACAGAGACACGUUCAAUACAUUAAUUAGUGCAUAUGGGAGGUGUGGAUUGGAAAUUGAUGCAAAUGAAGUUUAUCAAGAAAUGAUUAAAGUUGGGUUUAAUCCGUGUAUCACAACCUAUAAUGCACUUUUGAAUGCCUUAGCCCGCAAAGGAGAUUGGAAAGCAGCCCAGUCAGUAAUUUUAGACAUGAAAAAUAAAGGGUUUAAGCCUAGUGAAGCAUCUUAUUCGUUGAUGCUUCAUUGUUACUCAAAAGGGCAAAAUUUGAAAGGCUUAGAGUUAAUGGCAAAAGAAAUAUAUGAAGGCAAAAUCUUUCCAAGUUGGAUGCUUUUAAGAACGCUUAUUCUUGCAAAUUUCAAGUGUAGAUCACUUGGUGGCAUGGAAAAGGCGUUUCAAGAAUUGCAAAAACGGGGGUAUAAACCUGAUCUUGUUAUUUUCAAUUCCAUGCUCUCAAUUUAUGCGAGAAACAAGAUUUAUGACCAGGCCCGCAAGACAUUAAAUAUGAUCUACAAUAACGGCUUGCAGCCAGAUCUUGUUACUUUCAACACGUUAAUGGAUAUGUACGCAAGAACAGGUGAGUGCUGGGAAGCUGAAGAAAUCCUCAAAAACAUACAGAAAUUAGGUCGAAAACCCGAUCUUGUUUCCUAUAACACUGUCAUUAAAGGGUUCUGUAGACACGGUUUGAUGGAUGAAGCUAGAAGGAUACUUUUGGAAAUGACAAAUAACGGAAUUCGGCCCUGUAUUGUUACAUAUAACACGUUUGUUGCAGGAUUUGCCGCUCAGGGAUUGUUUUUGGAAGUUAACGAUGUGAUUAGCUAUAUGAUGGAGCAUAAUUGCAGGCCAAAUAUGCUAACUUACAAGACGAUUGUGGAUGGAUACUGUAGAGCUAAGAAGUAUCAAGAAGCAUUAGAGUUUGUGGGAAAUAUUAGAAAAAAUGACAGUUCUUUUGAUGAGCAGAAUUUGCAAACACUUGCUUCUCUUGCUCGGGCGAAUCUUGUAUUAUAACCAUCUCAAAAUGGAUGUCCUUUUUGCCGGUUUUUUGUUUUGUUUCAUGGGCUUGUGUUGCUAGUUGCUACUACCUUACUUGAACGGAAGGCUUCCGUUGAGUUCAUUCAAAGGUUCAUGGCUCUUGCAACAAAAGGCAGGCAUUGAACCUCGUGAAAGGAAGCGAAGUUUUCAAGCAGCACAAAACAAAAUUGAAGGGUGGUCUGUUUUUUGGAGUCCAAAAUUUCAAAUCGGCCUUUUUAUUUUAUGAGUAACCAAUGAGAACUCCUUCGGCUCUCUUUUUGUAUGUAGCCAAUUUAUACCGAUAGAAAUGUUUAUUUUUAGACAACAAUAUCAUGUAAAUUAUUGUAUAAGUGCUUAUAAAUAUAAAACCACCAAAAUUUUUGUUGAGCU